AUGGCCUCUUCGUGCAUGCCGUCACGUAAACGGGGCAGCCAGCUUCCUCGUCUAUGGAUCGAUUCUUCGCUAUGUAGCUACAAAAGGUCGCUGCAUACACCAGCUUCCACACUGUCAUCUGCCCCCUUCAGUGCAGCUAUCAGUGCAGCUACUAUAUCUUCUUGUGGUCCAUCUACAGCUGAUGCAUUUCAUGUCCUUUGCCUUUACGACUUUACCUCGGACGAUCCAGAUCAACUAUCUUUCAAGAAGAACGAGAUCCUGGACAUUAUCAAGCGGGAGAACACCGGAUGGUGGGCUGCGGUGCGGCCUGGUCAUAAUUGUGUCGGAUGGAUCCCCAGCACCUUCGUGGAAGCCAUUUCCGAGAACAAACUACUUGGUUCCAACGGGGAAAAGAGGAUAUACGAUCAUAUCAGGAAGAUGUACGGCUCUCCUGUUAUCCCGAAGGGCGGCCAACUAUUGAUCGCCUCUCCUGGAGGAGAGACGGGCGAGCAAGACUGGGUACCGUUGCCAGACGAUGAACAAGCGCCAGUAAUGCAGCUGUUCAGCCAGUCUGCCAAAGACUGUGCUCCCUUCGCCUUCAGUCCGCUCAUCCCUCCUCACGAAGGCAUCGACAGCACACCAUUGAAUUUCCACGACUCAGAUAGUGACUCCUCCCCUGAUAAUGGCAUCAUGUCGAGACUCAUCCCGAAUCCCGGGUCAUCUAACCAUCGAAUGCUCCAGGUUCCUCCGUCCAGAGGUCCACCAGCUCCCAACGAUUCGGCAUCUUCAUUGCACAAGCAUCUCUUGCCUUCACCAACGUCGUCUACAGCCCGGCACAGUCGUCCACGACCAGUCCUUAUUGACGAUUGUUCUUCUCUCAAUCGACUCUCUACACUCUUCGAGACCAAGAACGUCGAAGAAUUAGGCUCUCCGCUCAUUGCUGAGACGCUCGAUUCAUUUUCGCGGGCGGCCACAGGGCAGUGGUCGGAUGUGUUGAAGCAAUCGCAUGAGAUCCAGGUGAGACAUGACGGCAUGGUAACUGCUGGUUCGUUGCAUAACCUUCUGGAGAAAUUGACCGACGACCCCGCAUGGCCUCCACCUUACAUGAAAUUUCACCGUAUAUUCCUGAUGACUUUCAGGACUUUUACCACUGCCGAAGAGUCGUUCAACUUUCUCUCGAAGCAAUUCCACAUGACUGCCCCUGCCGGUCUGGGUCCCAAGGAACUCGAGCAAUGGGAGGAGACGAAACUCCACCCGUUGCAGUCACGAGUCUUAUCUAUAUUGAAAAUAUGGUCCGAGGAAUAUGGAAUGUACCAAUACGACCGACAGAUCGUCAGACAGGUGGUGGAUCUGCUAUCCUCCGUCACUGCGCCGCCUCUACUCGCCGUCACGGCGCAAGCGAUGAUACAGUCUGUCGAGCGCCUUAUGUCUGGAGUAAGCCGUGCCGUUCCGGGCAAGAAGAAUUUGAGAAAGGCGAAAAUCGAACUCCUGAGGAUGGAUCCUGCCGUGGUGGGGCAGCAUCUGUCCAUGUACGAGCACCGGCUUUACUCGAAGAUACGUCCCCAGCAGUGCAUUGAUUGGGGAAGGUCGCGCGACGAUGUUGCAGAUUUGAUUACAUUGCGCGCAACUCAUCACAAGCUUGGCGCUUGGGUGAAGUCGAGCAUCCUCAGUGCAGACUCAUCAAAAAAGAGAGCCAACAUGGUGGAUUUCUGGAUUUGCGUUGCAGAGUCGUGCAAGUUGCUAAACAACGUGUCGAGCGCGAGCACGGUGGUUUCCGUGCUUUCAAGUGAUUGCGUUCCUCAGCUGCACCCAACCUGGGCGGAUACUUCGCGCAAAGCACGGCUAGACAUCCUCUCGACUUUCAUCCAGUCUUCAGGUCGCCCUUUGGCUCCGGAGCAAGCUGAUGAUGUGCCCUGCGUGCCACACAUCGAGAGGUACCUCAGAGACAUCAUACACACCAACGAGCAAUACCAGGACUACACCGUCGUCCCAGUGCCCUUCAUAAACUCGACCGUCUCGCUGAUCAAUUUCGCCAAACGGGAAAAGUGGUUCGACAUCGUACAGGCGAUGUUGUGCCAUCAGUCGAAGACUUUUGACUUUCCUGAGGAUGCCACCUUCAUGGAAUUCAUUGCUGCGAAUUUGGAGACUCCGGCUUAG